AAUUAUAAAAUAUUAUAUAAUGCCAGCCAAUAUUCGAAAACACCUUUGUAUGAUUAUUUAACUAAAUUAUCUGCUUUUCAAGUUUUUAAAUCAUAAAAACAAACUAAUAUGGUCCUACCGUGAGUCACUAUUGUUAUUUAUAAAAAGAUAGAAUAGGAGAUAUAUGAAGAUGAUGUAAGCGUGUUAUAUUGCAUCGAUUCAAAAAAUUUUGAAUAUUGUAAAUGUUUUUAUAUCUCCAUGGCAAAUGCAUAAUAAUUUAACAAAUGGGGCUACAUCUAAUCUUGUAUACCAUGAAAAGCAAGUCAAAGAAUUGUGUGCCUUACAUUCCCUGAAUAAUCUAAUGCAAAAACCAAAUGCUUUUACUAAAUAUGAAAUGGAUUGUUUGUGUCAAAAAAUUACACCGGGCAAAGUUUGGAACCCACAUUGCAGUCUACUAGGUUUAGGAAAUUACGACAUAAACGUGAUCAUGUUAGCACUUCAAAACAAAGGUUAUGAAUGCGUGUGGUUCGAUAAAAGAAAAAAUAUAGACGAACUAGAUCUUUCCUCCAUUCUAGGAUUCAUUCUUAACACCCCUUCAAAUAUGAUGCUUGGGAAUUUUAGUUUACCCCUUAAAAGGAGACAUUGGGUAUGUCUGAGACGUAUCGGCUCAAAUUUUUAUAACCUCGACUCAAAAUUAAUUUCCCCCGAAAAUCUUGGAGAUUCUGAAAUCGUUUUCAAAAAUUAUUUAAAGGAACAAUUGACUUGUAAAGACAAAAUUUUACUUAUAAUACCAUGUUGCCCCGCUCAUUCGCUAUUAUAAAAAAAUGAUAAAUAGAAUCAAUAAGUCAAAUAUCUCUUAAUUAUUUUUAAAAAAUUUAUCACGAAUUUUAUGAAAUAUAAGAAGCUCUGCUGAAUACAAAUUAAUAUAAUUAGUACCCACAGUUAUAAAAUCCAUGUAUGGAUCAUAUUCCAGUGGAUCUCUCGAUGAAAUAAAAUGAUGAUUCUCUUGUUUCUACCUUGAAAUUUACAACUAAAUAUUUUUUCUUCUAUGUAUUAUUUGUAUAAAUUCAAUAGGAUAAUGUUAUUCUAAUUAUAUUUUCAUCUAUUUUAAAAUCAACUACUUAAGUUAGUUAUCGCAACAUCGAUAAUUAGUAUUUUAUCACUCACUUUUGAAUGACAACUCGCGAAAUAAGUCUAUCAUAUAUUUUCUUUGUUAUAGUUCGCCCUACCCUUUAUAUAUUUUUCUACACCUGAAUGUAACCCCUAAAAAACUUAAGAAGUCUAAACAUCUAUAAUCCAAACAAAAUAUGUUAAAAGCUGUUAAUUUAUCAAACCAUCCAAACAAAAUCGCGAAAAGUAUUAUUAGUUAACAAAACAAUUACGUGCAUCGUAAUUUAUUUUACCAUUUAUACUUCGGGCACCAAAUCAUAUAUUAACUUUUGCUCAUUUUUUAAAAAUGUUAUUAAGUAAAAUUAUGCCGUUUUGUUUCAGUAUUUGGAGCAUUAAUAAGCUUUUUAAAUUUCUUAUUUUAAUUUUUCUUGUAAUACUAAAAUGCAUGAAUAAUUUUUAUAUUUUUAAACAUUUUGACGGGUUUUUUUUUAGAAAUUAGAGACACUAUUAUCAUUUAAAUUUAAUUUACAUUUAUAUUUUAUAUAGUAUAUUAUAAUAUAAGUUGUCUAAAAUAAUGCAAUAAUCAAUAUAUUAUUUAUACAUAUGUAUUUAUGAUGAUUUUUUACUU